GAAAAAAAAAACCAAAACAAAUAAUAUGAGUUAUUGAAUUUUUACCAAUAAUUAUUGACUUAUUGACAAGAAAAAAAAAAUGAAAACAGACUACGAUUCUUGUUAGAAUGAUUUUUCUUGAUUCAAUAUUAUCAUAAGUUUUUCCCCUCUUUUCUUGUUGCGCUUCAUCCCUUCCAAUGCUUAUUAUCUGUUCAUUCAAAGGCUCAAAGGCUAUAAAUCCUCAGACCUCAGACUGCCUCAGAUGAGACGCAGCCAACGCAUAACGCAUUGUGAGUCUAAAAAUCUCUCCAUACAGUAAAUUUUAGAUUGUGGUGUUACUCCGACGUACUCCGACGUUCAUUCGAAUAUUACACUCAAGAUUGUCUCUUUGAAUUUGUCUUUUUUUUUCUGUUAUAUAUCAAUUUCGUUUUCAUUUAUACUUUAUUUGAGUGAUAUUUUCAACUUCGGUUUUUUUUUUAUCAGUGACCGUUUUAUUUAUUUUCUCUGUAAACAUGUGCGUCAGUACAGUGAUACCAAAAGAAAUGAUGGAAAAAGUUGAAACUGAUACUCCAGUUAAAACACUUCCAAAUAAGUUUAUAAAAUCAAAAGAAAAAUACAUAAAAUUACAUAAUAAAAUGGUUAAUGGAAACGUUGAUAGCAGUAAUGGAGAAAAACUGCCUAAAAAAACAAAUAUGGACAAAGAGGAACAAGUUAAUCAAGACAUCCUGGCACGAAGCACUGUUUUCCUCCAGAUAGUAUUUAACUAUUUUGCUACAUUCAAAAAAUCGACAUUUUACACGAUUCUCAGUUCAACUAGUCAGCCUAUUCACGUGAUAAUUGCUAUUGCAGUAAUAAUUUCAAUGUCAAUGAUGUUACCCACAUCAGAAAAAAAACAACAUAAACAAUCUUCACUAUUAUCAUUUAUUUAUCUUUCAUCAUUCGUCAUUCAUUUUGGUUCCCAAAUCUGGAUGACGUUUGUAUCAGGACUUUCUCUCUAUUUUGCAUUGCCACGACAUGCAUUCGGUGAAGUUCAACGAGUUCUUUUUCCACGUUACUUCACGAUAAAUGCUAUUUUAAGUUUAAUAACAAUAUUAACCUUUGUCAAAUAUCCAAUUCGAAAUUGGGAUACUGAAACAAGUGUACAAAUUGGAACAAUGAUUUUAGCAUUUCUCAUUGAAUUAUUAGUUCGUCUUUAUCUUGUUCCUCCUAUGAUGCACUUGAUGUGUCAUAAAAUUGCAUUAGAACGAGCUGCUGGAAUAGGCAACGAAGUUGGUCGUUUUUCUGCUGGACCACUCAAAGAUUGCCCCCAUUAUUUGAGAAUGCAUCAAGCAUUUCGAAAGCUCCAUAUGGUUAUUGCCAUUGGUAAUAUUUUGACAAUGGCUUGCACAGUUUCACAUUUAUACUACAUCUCUAGUAAAUUAUGUACAUUAUAAUUAUUUUGAUGAGCUUUUUUUUUGUUUGGUAACAUUAUGUUCCGUGAUUAAUGGUGUAAAAAAAAAAAAUAGCUAUUAUUAAUGUUUAAAACUGUCAAAGAUCUGACGACUUCAGCAUUAUAGUUCCAAUAAAUCGAAAAAGUUUGAUGUGUAAUAUUCGUUUUUUUUUUUUUUAAACUUCAAAAAUUUUAUACUGCAAAAACAGUAACUAUAGCUUCUUUUUUAUCAAUACUUCAUUCAAUUGACAUAACUGAUAAUGGAUCUUCAA